UCCCUUGGAAGUUUUUGGCGUGAAGCCUAUUAGCGACGCCAGAGGAAAGUGGGUUGGGAAAUGGCGUCUACAAUAGCUAACAGGACGGUUGUCAGCAAUCGAAACCUAAGCCUAUCGAGGCUUUCAUUGAACUUAUUCAGAAGCUUUACCACUUCCGCACCUAGUUCUGGCCAAAACCCUAAUAGCAAUAAUGGCCUGAAGAAGCCGAAGCGAAAAAAGAAGAAGAACCUGUUUGAAGUGGCUCAGUUCUUGCCCAACUGGGGCAUCGGCUACCAGAUGGCCAAGACUCAUUGGACCGGUGUCUCUUAUCAGAUCACCAAAAUCAAUCUAUACAAGGAUGGUAGGCAUGGAAAAGCAUGGGGAAUAGUUCACAAGGACGGCUUGCCAGCUGCAGAUGCUCCCAAGAAAAUAAGUGGAGUUCACAAGCGCUGCUGGAAGUACAUUACAAGCUUAACAAAACCAACAGAAACCAUGCCAAACUUGACCAAGUCUACUGAAAGUACUGAAGAAUCUGAAAUUCAAACAGCUUAAUAAUGCAUGUGGCAUACAAUCUUCGGAUGUUGUAACGCUCGGUAUCAAUUUAUUUUCAGAUGUAUUUGAAGGUUUUGUGCAACAUUUUUGUUCUUUUGAAGCUGGUCCCGCUCCUCUCUCUUCUAAUGCAGUAGUUGAUACUUGAUGGAAUCUUCCUCCUA